CCCUCCAGCUUGUGCCUUCUUGCAUGUAAUUUCCUGUUUGCCUUAUAACUCGACUAUCAUCCUCAUAGCGGACACCGACAUGCAAGCCACGCACACAGAUUCGAGUUCUGUUUGAGAGUCUGCAUGCAGAUGAAGGAACUGCGAAUGACCUCUUCUCGACCUCUUGUUGACCUUCUCUUCGAACGGUGUGCCACCUGCGUGUUUCCCACCCCCGACGUGGCAGAGCGGCCUCUUGGCCGGGGUGUUUAAGUAGUGGUGCGUUCAGGCGCUCCACCAGCUUCUUGUCUGGAACUCAUGAUGGCACACUUGUGGAUUCUGCUUUGCUUCCUCGCCGGCACUUCGUAUGCGUCCGAGGUCUGCUUCAAUGAGCUGGGCUGCUUUGCUAACCAGCCUCCCUGGGGGGGCACUGCUCAGAGACCGGCCGCGGUCCUGCCCUGGCAGCCCGAGGCCAUCGGCACCCGCUUCCUCCUCUUCACCCCGAAGAACCGCUACUACCAGGAGAUCAAAACCGACGAAUCUGUCGCGGUAUCAAACUACGGCAGCGCGAGAAAGACUCGAUUCAUCAUUCCUGGUUAUUUGAAGGCUGGAGACGAGGACUGGCCUCAGGAGAUGUGCAGGGUCAUGCUGAAGUGGGAGAAUUGGAACUGCAUCGCUGUGGAGUGGAAGAAAGGUGUGAAGGCUCCGUACGCCCAGGCUGCCAACAACGCCAGGGUGGUGGCUGCCCAGGUGGCGUCCAUGAUCACGUUCCUCAUGGUUAACGAACAGCAAACAGCUGAUAAGUUCUCUAUUAUCGGACACAGCAUUGGAGCUCACGCUGCAGGAGACGUUGGUACCCGGAUCCCCGGACUGACACGCAUCACAGGACUAGACCCGGCUGAACCUUACUUCCAGGACACUGAUGCCGCCGUGCGCCUGGACAUCAGCGACGCCGCCUUCGUGGACGUCAUCCACACCGACGCAACACCCUUCAAAUCCAAUCUCGGUCUGGGGAUGUCACAAUCUGUGGGCCACAUUGACUUCUACCCCAACGGAGGAGAACUGAUGCCCGGCUGCUCCGCCAACAAGGGCACGCCCACCGACCUGGACGCCCUCUGGCAGGGUACCAAGAAGUUUGACACCUGCAACCAUGUCCGAGCCUACGAGUACUACAGCGAGAGCAUACUUACCAAACAAGGCUUUGUAGGAUUCCCCUGCUCUGACAAGGACAGUUUUGAUGCAGGAAAGUGUUUCCCGUGCGCAGGCAACGCAUGUCCUCUGAUGGGCCACAGCGCCGACAAGUUCCUUGUGACCGACGGCCCCUCAAAGACAAAGUACUUCCUCAACACGGGCAGCUCAAAGCCCUUCAGCCGUUACAGCUACAAAGUGAAGUUGACCCUGGAGGGUCGCAAAUGGCCGAACCCCGCCUUCAUGUACGUGGCCCUGACUGGGAAACGUCACUCCACCCAGGAGCUCAAGCUCCAUACCGGCACGAUGAUCCCUGGGAAGACCUACGAGAAGAUCCUAGACGCCGAGGUGGACGUGGGGGUGGUGAAGGAGGUGAAGUUUCGGUGGAACAACUACAUCAUCAACUUCUUGAAUCCCAAGUACGGGGCGUCCAAGGUGGAGCUGCAGAGAGGGAAAGACAAGGAGAUCUUCUACUUCUGUGGAACCGUGCGAGUGGAGGAGAACGAGAUCCAGGCGGUGCUUCCAUGCCAAGAUUGAGCCGUGACCACCGAGUUACUCGAGCUCUCCGUAAUAAACAUGUUGCCUUCA